GCUCUUUUUCUUUCGCUUUUCCCUCUUUUCUUCCCCUCUCUUCCUCUUGUUUUCUAAGUUUCGCCUUGUUCUCGUCUCUUUUGUCCUCUUCCAAGAUUCGUCUAUUUGUUCUAGAGCCCCAGAAAGUGGUGACUGUGCCCAUGCUUUUCUGAAGCUCCCCUCCCUUCCGACAUUGGCACUCCCCGAAACCUGCCAUUCCACCACCACCAACAUGAUUGAUCGCGCGGCUUUACUGGGAGGCGUGCCUAUGAAGGCCCUCUCUUUGGUUCUGCUCACAUUCCAAAACUCAGCCCUCAUCCUGAUAAUGCGCUACUCCCGAACUAUGCCCCUCGUCAAUGGUCACCGCUUCUUCAGCUCCACAUCGGUUUUUCUCAACGAAGUCAUCAAACUUGCCAUAUCCGCCUGCGUCGCCCUUCACGACAUUUCGAGUAACGCCGGCCCAAACACAUCCGCCAAAUCGAUCCUCUACGAACUCGUAACCGGCAUGUUCGCCGGUGACAGCUGGAAGUUGGCUAUCCCCGCCGCCCUCUAUACCCUACAAAACUCGCUACAGUAUCUUGCUGUCAGUAAUUUAGACCCCGCGACUUUCCAGGUCACAUAUCAGCUCAAGAUCCUCACAACGGCUAUAUUCAGUGUAAUAAUGUUGGGGAGAGUCUUGUCGACCAAGAAAUGGACGUCACUGGGGCUGUUAACACUGGGUGUCGCUAUUAUUCAGCUACCGCAAGAUACUGCCGAGGUGACAAUUGAAGAUUCCAUGACUGGAGAAGAGGCAAAGAUUGGGAGACGCGCUCUCCAGCAGGCUGGGGCUCUUGGUACCUUGGCCGUGCGCUCGAUGCUGGCAUCCGCUACAUCAACUGAACAGCGCCUAUACAUCCGCGAGGACAAGCCAGUUGACCCCGACAACCAGAACCGCUCCGUCGGCCUCGUCGCCGUUCUCAUCGCCUGUGGCAUCUCCGGUCUUGCGGGCGUUACUUUUGAGAAGAUUCUCAAGCAGUCUCCACCCUCGCAGAAACCUGUGUCCUUGUGGGUUCGUAACUGCCAGCUCUCGUUCUUUUCUCUCUUUCCCGCCUUCUUCAUUGGUGUUUGCUGGGUGGACGGUCGAGAGAUCUCCGAGAUUGGAUUUUUCGCAGGAUACAACUUUGUAGUUUGGACGGCCAUCAUGUUCCAGGCUGGUGGAGGUAUAUUGGUGGCGCUCGUGAUCAAAUACGCGGACAACAUUGCGAAGAAUUUCGCAACGAGCAUCUCCAUCAUCGUCAGUGCUUUGGCUAGCGCCUACUUUUUCAAGUUUCAAAUUACACUCGUUUACAUGAUUGGAACUGCGGUUGUGAUAGGUGCUACCUUUCUGUACAGCCAGCCGGAAGCCCAGCCUCCCAUCAAAACAGUUGAGUACGAGGAAAGCGAUAUUGGCCGCCACUCAACAGGACUGGAGUCAGCUCGCCCGCUCAUGAUGAUGCAGCCUAUGCGAAGCGACAGUGCAGAAAUAGAAAGAGCGGAGUCCCCUCCUAAACGCAAACCAUAG